GUAAGCUUUAUCUAUUGCUAACAAAAACCAUUACUUUUUUUGCUAAUAAUUGAUAUCAUUGUACCGUUUUGUUACCUUAGAUUAGAAAUAAAUUAUCUGCACCGGACGAGAGCCUGAGUCGCUGUUUGCGUUAAAGGUAACACUGUUGUCAUGGAUACAAUCAGCUGAAGGCAACAGAUAAAUGUGAAUGAUGAGACUUUAGAGUUUUGUACACCUUUGGGUUAAUAUAUAUAUAUUUAACCCAAAGGUAUACAAAUAAUAAUAAUUAUUAUUAAUGAAUAAAUGUAUUCAUGUUUGUUCAAUUGUAUGUAUGUAAAUAUGUAUGCAUGUAUUUCUUUAUUUAUUUAGAAAAUGAGCAAAACAUGGGUUCUGGUGGAAUGGAGGGAGGAGCCUCCCACCUAUGAUAUUGUCCCUAAAAAGGACAUACUAAAAAAAAAGUUUGAACCUGGGGAUGUUGUGGAUGUGGCUUAUGAAGAGGAAAGUUCCCCGGCCACCAUUAUAGAUUUUGAUGAGAGCAAAGAAACCCUCAGGAGGAGGAUGUUUAGGCUAGAGGGGAAAAGAAAAAAUCAGCCAUGUUUGCAAAAUGAUGCAAAAAGAGUAGCAAAGAAAAAAAAAGCAUACACUCCAACUCAGUCCCCAUCUCACUCCAAAACGUCCUCAUCAUCUGAUCAAGAGCCUCCAGUCAAAAAUCAAGUCAUCCACCGAAAGAACAGUAUGUUGAUGCAAGAGAUUAACAGCAUGGAGAGUCAAGCUGGAGAGCAUUCAAGCCGAGAAACUCAACUUGAGAGAGAAAUUCUUAAAUUAAAAAAAGAAAAUGAGAAUCUAAGAGCACUUAAUAUAGCUCUGCAACAAGAAAUUCUUCCAAUGCUAAAGUGCAGCAUAAACCAGGACACUCUUGUUGCUCAACAACCACAAGUUGCUCAACAACCACAAGAUUCAAGCCAGAAGAAUCCCCCUGAAAAGACACAGGGGCUAGGAAUUAGUUCAGCUGUCCUGACAAGUUGUGGACGGGGGGGCACAUCAUGUUCUGCCAUGGUGAAAGAUCUGGCAGUGGCAGUGUUUGGUAGAGAGACGCUGGCCACACAUGGGCUGUCUGGAAGGGCUGGCAAUGCUAACAAAGGCGCUAUGGCAAAGCCAGCUCUUGACAAGGACAAAGUUGUGCUGAUCCUAGACACAGUACAAAAAAAGUUCCCUGAUGUUCCAAAAAAGUUCAUCAGGGCAGCACUAAGAGAGAAGUUAAAUGAUGAGCACAAGUUACGAGUAAGAAAAACAGUGUAAAGGCUUCAUUUAACGGAUCAGAGCAACAUUUGUCUGUGAAUUGGACUCUGCUCUUACAGUUUCAAUAAAUACAAUAAAUAAUUUGUGAAAAUACAUGGUUUGUUGUGAAGUUAUUCCUCCUGCAUGAAUCCUACAGAAGACAUAAGAAGACCUGUAUAAUUGCAUAUCCACAACAGUCCUGCAGGAACUUUGAAUAUUAUAUUUUAAA